AUGUCUGAAGCUGCUGCUACCGCCAGCUCGACGACCACAACCCGCUCCUCCCCAGCAGUCGCCCCAAUCGACCUUCGACACAUGACCUCAAACUCAGCCCUCGUCGCAGAUGGACGCAGGAUCUCACAGCAUCUCCAACCUUCUGCACGCAAAGGAUCCCGUUCUCCUACAUCUAUUCCUUCCAGCCCGACGUCUGUACACUCGUCCUCCUCUGCAAUAUUUGAACGGGACAUCGAGCCUAUACAUCUCUCUCCCUCGUCUAUCGUGGCCAAGAAGGACCCACAUCGAAUCCCACGUUCAAAAAACACAGAGAGCAUUGAACAAUCAGUUCCCUCCGUUCUCGACAGUGCUGCCUCGAUUCUAGCCUCUAUGGAUACCGACGAUGGAGACUCUAUCGCAGUUAUAGCGCCGGCACCGCUUUCAUCUACUGGGUUACUUGAUCAGGGCCCAAUUCGAAGCAGAAGCAGCGGAUUCGCAUCUCCCAUCGGAUUCCGGUCUCGCAGUCCAAGUCCAAGCCCCCGCCCUGGCGGUGCAAAGCGCAACUCCCUUCUCCUCAAUCUACCCGCGGCCGGACAACAUCCUGCCUUUCCUUCCCCUCCCGGUUCUUCUUCUCCCAGCUCGUCAUCUGCUCCAUUGACAGCAACUGCCCGUCAGUUCGUCGAUCCGUCAACACCCACGUCGAAUAAACGGCUUUCGUUCAUCUCAUAUACCGACUUGCUAUCGUCCACCCCAACUGCAACCCAACCACUGUCCUCGCUCACGUCACCGGCCAGCUCGCCUGGACACAUUCCAGGCGUAGCCUUGGCAGACUCCAUGACGACUGCGGGCUCGGCUUAUGGCGGCAGCGCCGCUCCUUCCUUACGGAAUUUUGCCUUCGGGCUCAGUGGCGACGAAGACAGGACAAUGGACGAUGUCGGCGGGGAAUGGGAGCGUGAAGGCCUUGGAAAAGGCCUCGAGGAACGGCUCGAAGCACUCCAAAGCGUCGGCAUGGCCUAA